AUGGCUAUCCUCAAGCCUACCAUUCUCGCUGCACUUGCGGUGGCCGCCGGUGUCCACGCGCAGUCGGCAAAUCCGGGCGUGGGAUCAAAUCCCAAGGCUGAAGGCGCUACAGAUGAAGUGACUCCAAACUCCGGACCUAACGGUUCUGAGAACUGGCUGAACACUGGUAUCACCAGCGACGGAUGGACUCCCCCGUACUUGGCUCUGGAGGACGUGUACCACAUUUCGUUGGAUGACUUCUACGGCGGCAUCGGCUCCGCCUGCUCUCAAUACGACCAGUACUUCCAGAGCGCUGGCUCCAAAUAUGGCGUUGAUCCCGUCAUUCUGGCCGUCAUCGCGAUGCAGGAAUCAUCUUGCAAUGCCGACGCCGGGGGCCCGACUCCCGGCUUGAUGCAGGUCUCCUGUGAAAACUAUCCCAACGGGCAGUGUACCGACUCCAUCCAGGAUAAUGUGGAUGCCGGUACCAACUACCUCAAGUCCCAGCUCGAUUCGUCCAACGGCAAUGCAAUCCAGGCAUUUGGCUCGUACAACGGUUGGUUCACGGCUAACAGCGGUCUUAAUGACAACAAGGGUCUUACGGAGGACUACCCUUGCUCCUCGGAGGGCCAGUCAAACGGUGUACCCCAGAACCUGGACUACCUCCACCAGGUCCUGAACGGCUGGAUGAUGGGGCUGGAUGUCUAUGGUGACGACAACUGGAUUGGUACCUACAAAUGCGACCAGUCCUGUAGCGAUGGGAGUAAGUGCUGA